ACUAUACAAUUUAUACACAAUAUCUUCCAUAGGUUCAGUAAAUAUUUAGCAUUCCUUUAUAAAUAAUUAUAUUUGUGUUAAUGUAUUAUAGAUUAUCUUUAUUGUAUUUUUAACUUCGGGUUUUACGUUUAUAUUAUUUAUUGCAUAUUUUAAAUUGGGUUUUUAAUUAUAUUUAUGAUAUUCCUUGUGAAGAAAACCCCUGGGUUUCAUACUGUGACAGUUUUCAGAGUAGGAUGUCUGUGUUGGGGUUGGAUGAGGCGGGACGGUUUCUCUUCGGAGAUACAACAGUUAUUCCGGGCUGGUUACAGAACACACUCUCAUCAGUAUCCUCGCAGGGAGAUAUUAUGUGCCUAGCUAAAGGGCAAAACUUUAUUUUAAUCAGAUAUAACUGGAGCGGAGAUAAACUUGAACUAAAGCAGGUCCAUAGAGAUACGGUUUCAGUUCUCCAGGAGGACGAAGAGAUAACAAGCGUGGUUGUGUUCCCAGUUUAUUCUCAGGGUAGGGUUCAGAGUAUAGCUCACUCUACAGUACUAGGAUUCAACUCAGGGAUAGUUCGUGUGUACACUGAGUCUGGUCAGCUGAUUGUCCAGAAAUGUUUUCAUCCUGCCCCAGUCCGACACAUUAAGUUCCAGUCAAUGCCGGAGGGGAAACAUUGCUCCAAUAUUCUCUUCACACAGACAAUGCAAGAACUGCUGGUUGUGUAUGAGAGUGUCCUGGUUAGUAUCCCUGCUGGAGAUCUACUGGAGACUAUCUCCAGGAAUAUCGGAGAACUAGCAAACACAAUGGCAAGAGGACUGGAGACGGUUCAUCUAACCAGUCUCAAGGCCCAGAUACUAGGAAUCAAGUAUCAGAAGGUUGCCGACUGUGAGUCCUUUGUGUUCACAAAUACCAGUUACAAUCAGUACUAUCAGCUUACUAUGCAAGGUGGAAAUAUGGAUGAACGAUAUAAACCUGUAACAACCAAACCGUAUUUUCUAACUGUAGGACAGGAUCCAUUCCUACAGUAUAAUGAUAGAGCAACCAGUGGGCCUGGCAGUGCCGGAGCGUUAGCUCAAAAUAUGGUUUCCACUGUUAAAUCUGGAUUCUUCAGGGUUGCUUCAGGAGCUCUAGGAAACCUGUGGUCUGGUCAGGGCUCGGAGGAAGUAAAGGAACCUCCUCCUGAUCCACUGGUUCACCUUUCUAUCUCACAUUCUCUUAAGGACAAGGGACGGGACGGUUCUGAGGUUCUUAUAUCUCCGAAUAAGAUGUACUCUGCAGUAAAGGAUUCACAGAACCGUAUCCUCCUAGUAGAUAACUACACUGCUACCGUACUUCAGAUCUGGAGAGGAUAUCAUAGAUGUCAGAUGGGUUGGGCUCUAGCCUACUCACAGAAACUUACUGAUCCAUCUCAGGCACAGGUUUCACAGGACGUUGCUUCAGUUCUCAUCCUGUAUCUUCCUCGGCGAGGACUGAUCGAGGUUUGGUCUCCAGAGCAGAAGGUUAAAGUGACGGAGUUCCAUGUGAGUAAGCAUGGAACCCUGCUUCGAUCUGCCGGAGUAUGCCUAGAUGACGGUCUACCCCGGAGGCGGGAUACGGUUCGGGUAUUCACCUCGUUUCUCCAACCUAGUGGUAGGAUCAGCCACUUCUUCAUCCCGUUCCAUGCUCUCUCCAUCAGUAGUACAGCAGAGAAGGAUAUCAAUGCUCAGCACAAGAUCCAGGAGCUCGUGAAAGAGAAGCCGAACCACUACAUGGAGGAGGUGCUCAAGCUCAUGGAUGAGAUUAGGAAUAUCCAGAUGAAAAACUCGGCAAUUCUUCAGAUCUUAUCCAACCCUGAGGAAGAAAAACUGUCUCCUGCAGAAUUCCUAGAGCUUGUAAUCCUCUUAUUAAACUCCUCGGCUAUAAAUGAGAAAUCUCAGUCUUUGGAACAGAAACUUUUUAUUAGUAGAUUAACUAAACUCAAACAGCUUAUUCGUCUGUACUGUGUAUUUGAGGAUAACAAGCAAGAUGAAAAAGCACUUGAAUCAGAUGACUGGACUGUUGAGAAUCUUGCCAUUGCAUUCUCUCUGUCUGAGACAGAUGUUGCUCCUCUUUUCUCCUUGAUAAAACCUGGAGUUUCAAGUAAUGAGACUUUAAACAUGUUCUGCUCCGACUUUAUUCAAUGUUUUGAUAUUGAAGGUGAGCUAGGGUCCGGAGACAGGUCAACAAUUCGUCUUAGGAAAGAUUUAUCUCCUCGGAUUCAACCUCAGCUCCUUCGUCUGUUUUGCAGGAUCUCCUCCAAACCCGGAGCUAAGGAGAAGUUUCUAGAAAGUGGAAUAUCCCCUUGUGAGAUCCUUGAAACUAUUUUAGUUUCCUUCAUGCGUAAUUCUAUCUUUACAAUAGAGUCCUUGUCCUCCAUCCAGCAGUGCUUCCUAGUUCUUCUUGGUCUGAGAGAAGGUUCCGAUGAUAGAACUAUAACCGCUCUCCAGGACGUAUCUAAACGAAUUCUUCUCAAGGUCCCAAUAUCCACAGAGUUAUACACGCUUAUAUUUCUCUGGAGACAUUGUUUACGAGGAAUAAAAUCAACCCUGAGCUAUGUUGAUGAUUGGACCCGAAGGUUGUAUCAGGUUUCCUCACUCCUAAAGAUUUAUCAAUGCGUCCUGUCAUUAGCUGGAGAAGAGCUAAUUCUAAAAUACACAAUACAUGACGUAUUUGACAACGGGAACGGAAGAGUUGCGGAGCUUGUAUCAAAAUGGUUGCUGAAGCUUGGAAGCAAUUCGUUAAACCUUACUUCCAAUAUUGAAGGAUUUACAGACACCAAAGAACUGACUCUUGUAACGAAAGUCUCCGAGUACUUUCCCAGAUCUAUGGACUGCAAUAUUCUCCUGGUUCACAUGUGCUGGGAGGAACUUCAGAGAUGGCAUAGAGAUCGGGACGAUGUUCAGCUCCUGGAAACCUCGAUUAUGAGUUUAUCAUCACUCUCCUGUCCUAGUUUACGGAUACAGUUCUCAAACCUAAUAUGGAGAAGUUUCUUUUCAAAACUGUUCCGAGAUCUUGUGAAGCGAACUGACGAGUUUAAGAAAACUACCUGCAAUGAGAAGGUGGUUUGUGAGAAAGAGUUUGGACUCCAGGUAGAAAACAUCCCUUCCCUUCUCAAUAUUCUUCUAGGAUUUAUUGAUAAAACCUUGGAUCUGAUGAAACACGUGGAACCAGGGGAAAUAAUCUGUGAUUAUGACAGUUUAAACAUGAACAAACAUCUUCAUCUUCUCGAUCAUAUCAAGAACACAGGAUUUCCUGAUCCUGAUAUUCUCUCCCUUGAACACCAGGUUGCAGCAGUUCUUUUCCUCACCUGGAAACUCAAGCUUCCAGUCUGUCCUCUCAAGGUCUUCAACUCAGUAGAAAUUAACAACCUGCUGAGUAUUCAGUCCGCUGCUAUGAUCUCCUGGUUCAGUGAUUACAACGCUAGUGUAAAGAAGGGGAGAUUGAACUGGACAGAGCUAGUGACGGAUAAAAGUACAGGAUAUAUUCACAGGGUAUCCGACAACCAGCUGGAUACAGAGCAGUACAGACAUUUAUACAGUAUCAUCCUACAGCUGGGGAAAAUCUGGUUCAUGUCAGAGGAGGUUCGGGUUUAUCAGUGUCUAGCUCUCUUCAAGGCAGGGUUCGAUUCUCUCGGAGCAGAGCUCAGGAGUAGUAUUGGAGAGAAGGAGAAGAUUGCAGUCAAGCUUCUAGAGGUUGCACUGCUUAGGCUUGCUAAAUAUCUAUAUCAGGUUUCUGAUCCAGGAAGAUUGGCUGCUGUGUCUAGUGAACUGAUUACUGAGUUAGCGGCUAGAAGAAGUUUAUCUGGGAAUGUUGCAGAUUCAUCCUUAGCGGAAACCCUGGCACUGUUCCUCUGGUUAACGGAAACACUGGAGAAUCAAGAACUACAGCUUUUGUCCACUCAGGCGGUAGCUGCAGUGCAAGUCCUCCAGGUUCGGAAGAAUAGGCUAGGAGAAUAGUACAGUGAGCUUUAGACGACAAUCAACAAGAACUUAACAAAUUUUCUUGGAUUAAACACUUCGUUUAAUGUUUAUCUAGUGGUUUAUAUUGUUGAAGGGGGCUGGGUUAUUAAUCUGAAACUAAAAUUGAACCAUUGUAUAACUUCAAUCAUUUGAUUUCAGGAAAAAAAUAUUGACCCCUUCAUUAUUUUAGGUCUAUUGCUAACUUUAAUUAUUAAUUUUAUAAAUCGUUUAAAUACUGUGAUAAUUAACAUACUAUAUGUAAAAGUACAGUUGAAAAAGUUAACUAUAAAAUAUAUUUAUAUUUAAGAU